AUGAAGCUUGGAUGGAACUUAGUAAGUGGUUUAGAUAGGUUUUUAUCAUCUUGGAAGAGCACGGAAGAUCCUUCUCCAGGUGAGUAUUCAGUACACAUAGAUCUUCGUGGGCUUCCGCAAAGGGUUAAUAUGAAGGGAGAUUCAAUAAAGACUAGACCAGGGUCAUGGAAUGGUCUUGGUUUUACGGGUCGUAGGUUAAGACCAAAUCAAGUAUUUGAUUAUGAAUUCGUGUUGAACGCGAAGGAGGUCUAUUACGAGUACAAACUCCUUAACACUUCGGUUUUCUCAAGAUUUGUAGUAAACCCAUCAGGCAUAACGCAACGAUUAAUGUGGAUGGAUCGGACACAGAGUUGGGAGACUUUCCUUACAUCACAGGCAGAUCAGUGCGAAAAUUAUGGCUUAUGCGGUGGAUAUGCUAUCUGCAACAUCAAUAAAUCUCCUACAUGUGCAUGCUUGGAAGGAUUUUUACCCAAGUCUCCAAAAGGUUGGGAUUCAGAAGAUUGGUCAGAUGGGUGUGUUCGAAGGACUCCUUUGGAAUGCAAUGGCGGAGACGGAUUCCUGAAGUGCACGGGGGUGAAAUUGCCUGACACAUCUUCUUCCUCAUAUGCAAGUUUAGAUGUCAGGGGAGGAGGAAGCGGCUGCGUGCUUUGGUUUGGUAGCCUUGUUGACAUAAGAGAAUCCGCUGAGGGUGGGCAAGACCUCUAUACAAGGAUGGCCGCUACAGAACUUGAUUAUCUUCAGAAAAAGAUGCACUACAACAAGACGAAACUAGUAGCAAUUAUAGUCGGCUCAUCAUUUCUAGUUGUGGGAAUGACAAUAGUUGCCCUGGUCUCAUACAUAUGCAAGAAGAAAUUCAAAAACCAAGGAAUGACAAAAGAAAGAAAGAAUUAUAAGAAUAUUGAUGAAGGUGGGAAGGAAGAUAUGGAGUUACUGAUAUUUGACCUGGCUACCAUAGCUAAUGCAACAAAUAAUUUUUCAAACAACAAGAAGUUAGGAGAAGGUGGUUUUGGACCUGUGUACAAGGAUACAUUACUAGAAGGGAAAGAUAUAGCUGUAAAGAGACUUUCAAAGGAUUCUAGACAAGGACUAAACGAAUUAAAAAAUGAAGUUAUUUUGAUUGCCAAACUUCAACACCGAAAUCUUGUGAAGCUUCUCGGUUGUUGCAUUCAAGAAAAUGAAAAUAUGUUAAUUUAUGAAUACAUGCCCAACAAAAGCUUGGACUCCCUUAUUUUUGAUCAAGCAAAGAGUAAAUUACUAGAUUGGGAGAAACGCAUUAACAUUAUUCGUGGUGUUGCUAAAGGGCUUCUUUAUCUUCAUGAAGUCUCGAGACUCAGAAUUAUUCAUAGAGAUCUAAAAGUUAGUAAUAUCCUUUUAGAUAACAAUAUGAAUCCCAAAAUUUCAGACUUUGGUCUAGCUAGAUCAUUUGGGGGAGAUCAAGUUGAGUCUAAGACCAAUAGAAUUAUUGGAACAUAUGGUUAUAUGUCUCCCGAGUAUGCGGUGCAUGAACAUUACUCAGUAAAAUCUGAUGUGUUUAGCUUUGGAGUUUUGUUAUUAGAUAUAGUGAGUGGAAAGAAGAACAGAGGAUUUUGUCACUCUGACCACCACCUUAAUCUUCUGGGACAUGUAUGGAAACUAUGGAUUGAAGACAGGCCAAUGGAACUGAUCGGUGAAUUGAUAGGUGACUUGUGCACUUUAUCAAAUGUAUUACGACACAUUCAUGUUGGUUUGUUAUGUGUGCAACAAAGACCAGAAGAUAGACCAAACAUGUCGUCUGUGGUUCAAAUGUUGAGCAGUGAGAGUUUAUUGCCUAAGCCAAGACAACCGGGGUUCUUUUCAGAUUCACUUGAAGUAGAUCCUUCAUCUUGCAAGCAUGCAACUUGUUCAGCAAACGAAAUCACCAAUACAGUGUUUGAAGCACGGUAA